AUGAACCAACGUACGUCUGCGUUUUUUGCUGCAAGUAAUGCUGUUUUUGUCUACGCCGCCGAAAUAUUAGUCGCUGAAAUUUCUUGGCCCCGGAAUACUGGUCGCUAUGUCACAUUACACCACUGCACUUACCGCCUUAGCGACAGCUCCAUGGCCAAGGAAUACACAAGCUACUGCUAUCCCUACCACAAACUGUUGACUAAGACUUAA